AUGGCGGCCGUGGCGGCCACGGCUCACUCGAAUCCAAUGACCGCUUCGCUGGAAGCUGCCGACUUGGCAUCUGUCGAUGACGUCGUGAGACGCACGCCUGAGUUGUUAGCGGCUGGAGUUUCCCAAAGUGACAUAGAGGCAUUUCUGGCUGCCCGCGGUGGUUUGGACAAUCCGGAUGCACCUCAGGGCCGUGCUGACCAUCCAAUUUGUAGGGAUUUUUCCACGAGAGCCUCGUUCACUCUUGCUCUCGCUGCAGCCUCCCCCAACAACAGAAAGAGGGCGCUUGAUGCAUUGCAAGCAGAUGUGCUUUCACGAAGCUCCCAGCCUGCACAAGAAUCGAGGAUUCGCACAUACCGGGCACUUUGCGCGGCAUGGGAUGUGGUGGCCUUCCCAUUGACUAUUGAGUCAGUGCGUUGCACAGGCGCUAGCCUGAAAGCAGGGCAUUAUCGCAGUGCCCAGUUGUACUACCAAGCAGCAAUGGGGUAUCAGAUGAGGCAGCUUGGCCUCCAGGUGGAUCCGCUGGUGCGCGGCACGAUCAAAGAGGUUGUCAGAUCAGUCAAACGAGGCUUGGGACCAGCACGUCUCAAGGAAGCCUUUGAUGUCUGGCGUCUGCAACCCCUGACCUUUUCUGAUGGCGACGAUCCUUUCGAUUUGAACGAUGUUGCGCACUGUGUUGACAUGGUCAUCAUUGGGGUCUGGUGGAUGCUCCGCGAGCUUGAGAUGUCCUCAGCGCAAGUACAUCACCUUUACCUAGAUAGUGGUUUGGCUCACCUCCUGGUGCCAGUCCACAAGUCGGAGUCCGCUGGCAACUUGCUGGCAAGGGCAUUAGGUUGCGCGUGCAAGGACACCUUGGCAAGACUUUGUCCUUGGCAUUGUGUAGAGCGCCACCUGGUUCGGGUCUACAAUCAUCCUUGCUACAAACUUCAACAGCAUUUUCCUCUGUUUCCUGACGAGAAUGGGAAGACACCCUCGAAGCAGCGAAUGGUAGCGGCUUUCCAAUCAGUGAUCCGGGCAGCAGGUGUGGAGCUGGACCGCCCCGACGAAAGGGGGCAGUUGAAGCCUCGAUUCGGGGGACACGUCCUUCGUGUUUCCGGCGCUCAAUUUCUGGCCAGCGCUGGUGUGGCAACCCAACACAUCCAACUUUUGGGCCGCUGGAGUUCAAUGGCAGUUCAGAGGUACAUCCAGUUGGCCCCCUUGUCCAUCGUGCCAACCCUGCCUGAGAAGGUGUUGCAGGGCCAUACAGAUGAGUUGCAAGCCCCUGGGCACUUGGUCGAUCGAGCCAUGCUUGGAGCCCAGCAACACGAUCGGGCGCAGCCUGCAGGCGCUCCAGCCGGCGCGAACCAACAGGCAGCAGUUGCACUUCCUCGUCAAGACUUCGACGCAGUUCUCAACCGAGUCAAUGAGUUGGAGUGCACGGUCCAGUCACUUCAGAGCGCAAUAGUGCCACCGGAAAGACCUUUCAUUGUCAGGUCCCGUUCAAGAAUGGUACACCUGGCACAGCAUGAUGUGUUGAGCAAUCCACCGACCGAGUGGCGCUCCAAGUGUGGAUGGAGCUAUGGCGUGUCCAACUUCUAUCGCAUCACACAGGUGGCCCCAGAACACCGCCGAUGCAAGAAGUGUUUCAGCAUCCCAGCCGAACCUGGGGAUGAUGAGCAGGAUUCUGGCUCAGACAGCAGUGGCACCAGUAGCUCUGUUGAGAGCUCCGAAGAAGUGGCCGAUGAAGCGGCUGCCUCUCCGGCCGUCAGAACCUACCUCAAAAUGCGUGGGGUAUGCACUCUGGGCACCCUGGCGCUCAUGGCGGCUGACGAGACGCAGCUGCGCCGCAAUUUGGUGGAUCCGCUGCUAGCUGGGUGGAAAGAUGGCGCCAACGUUGCCGUGGUGCCCGAGCACGACCAUCCAAUAGCACAUGCAAUGAUACUUCACAUGUGGAACCUGGCCAGGUCCCAAUGGUUGAAAUCGGCUGCCAACUGUGCCAAUGCAGCCAUGGCUGUGCAAUCACCUUCCGUGUCCCCAACAGGCAGUGCUGACAAAGACAAAGACGAAAAGGUUCCCAAGACCUUGCCGGUGGGAGUCUGGAGCUCUUUGAUCCAGAAGUACAACUCCGAGCAGCUUCAUGGCCGUGAUCGGCAGUUCCCUGUCAAGGAACUGAUGGGAGCAGAGUGCGUAGUCGCACGGCUGUGGUUCGAACAUCACCGCAGCAAAUUAUAUACACCACUGCACUUAGGCGAGUUACUUCAACAGCGAUCCUUUCAGAGCAAUGGAGACCUUAAUCCCUUAGCAAAAGGGCAGAAGAAGCUCACCAAUUUGUUUUGGGAGGAUGGCUCACUGGUUCACAAAGAGGAGUCCGUGUGGCAGCCAAAAAGCAUACUCGCCAUCCUUGACGGCAUCAAUGCUGCCAAGUGGGCCAUGAUCCUUGUCCAACUUGGUGAUGAACUUGACAUCAUUGAAUACUGUGAUGUCAUGUGCCAGAGAGCCCGGUCCAGACCAACCAAGUGCGAGCAGCUCAAUCUCUACUGGAGCGCUUGUGGUUGGCGCAUUGCGAUGACCAUGCGUGAUGGCAUGUCAUUUGCAGCCGCGGCCAAGCACAUCAUCAAUGACUAUGACAAGUUUGCGGAACACAUGGCCAAGGAGGACUCCUCCGUCAAGAAGACCAGCAAUGGUACAAAGGGCCGCCAGACCGAGCAGCCCAAAGGCUAUGGCAAGUUUGGCAAACAUCGGCAGUGGCUCCUGGGCAAAGCCUCGCGAAUGGGACAACUCCAGGGUGCCCUGAUACCCGACCAAGCUAGGUCCAGCAACACUGUGGCAUUGACCCCUUCGUUGAAAUCAAUGGGGAAAGAGUUCAUUCACCUAGCCUUUUUUGACGGCAUUGGCACUGCAGAACUUGCUUUGGAGAGUGUGGUGGGCCAGCCAUUGGCCUAUUUUUCCUGGGAGACUUGCAUGGAAUGCAUCCAGGUGUUGGAGCGUCAUUUUCCUCAUGUCAAGCACCGAGGCGAUGUGGCAGCAGACACACCAGAAGAAGUUCAGCAAGCCAUCCAGUCGCUUGAUCCGGCUGGGCGUGCAAUCGUUUUGCUAUCAGGCGGGCCACCAUGUCCUGACUUUAGUGGCAUCGCUGACAGUGCUUGUGGCAGAGAAGGGCAAGAGGGCCACAAGUUUGUGGUCUUUUCUGAGUUUGUAAAGCGCUUGGAGCCCCGUUUGUUUUGGACUCGAGUCCGUUGGUGUGACAUUUCAAAGUGCCCCAUGACCGGGAAAACCUUGAAGUGGCAAAAAGUUCGCAAGCUUCCCAAGUUGUGCUUGGAGCUUCCUGCAACUAGGGCAUCUGAUAUCCAGACAAAUGGACUUCGAUUUCAUGACAAAGUGAUCUCAGGUGCGGUCAAGCUGCCUUGUUUGACCACCCCGGCACCAACUGAAGCUGGGAGGCCACCGCCGCGAAAAAUGAAGGGCAAGCUGCUAUCUGAAGUCAAGCAGAGAUGGCUUCAGGACCAACGGUGCUAUGCUCCAUGGCACUACACUGAAACAGCCAUGAUGGUCAAGGACUCGGGAGAGCUGUGCACCCUGCCAGUCACAGUCAAGGAACAGUUGCAGGGUUUUCGGCCAGGCCACACUGAGUGCGACGGAGUGCCAACACGCUCCAGGCACCGCAUGUUGGCCAAUGCCUGGCAUUUUCAAGUGGCAAAAUUUUUGAUGAUGAUUUUGCUGCAGCAGUGCGGCGCUCUGGCAGCCCCAGUGCAUGAACCCAGGUCGUCAGCACUGCAAUUUGUCCUCGGUAUCGCAGCGUCCGAGGAUGCCAUGGUAGGACCUCAACGGUGGAGUCAGGCUUCAAACACCAAGCAGCCGUCCUGCUCCAUGAUGGGGCAUUGGCGGGCAACCGAUGAUGCCAGACAUCCACUGUUUCAUCAUGCAAACGUUGAACCAGGGAUUGCACAGGUUUUUCUGAAGUGGCGCAUGGUUGGCGAUGUCGCCCGAAUGAGAUACGAGGUAGCCAACGAUUUGGUUGAGUUGAUUGACUCCUUCUCGGACACCACAACAGCCUGGUGUUCUCGGCUUGCAACCCAUGUGAGAAAGGUGUACACCCAAACAGAUACACUGGUUCAAGUGCCGAUGUGGAUGUGGUUGCUUGAAUGCAUCAACUAUCCAAUGGUUGACACCAUGUAUCGUGAACUCACUGAAGGUUUUGCCACUACGGGAGAACUUGCACCGGGCGCUGGAUGGCAACCACGUUUGGAUGGCAAGUACGCCAAUCCAGUUUCCCGAGAAGUUUUCAUUCAGAUCAACAGGGCCUACGUGCAACGCAAGUUAAAGCAACGCACCCUAGACCAACACUGGCGACCUAUGUUAGAUGAAAUUUUAGAAGAACUACAACUGGGCAGACUUGAGGGACCUUUCAUCCCUCCACCUUCGUGGGGCGCCACGGCUUCCCAGUGCCACGGUCUACAACUUCGAGAGCUUCCUGACCCUCAGGUACUGGCUGCUGGAUGUUUCUCCGUCGCGCAGCCAGACAAAAUACGUCGCUGCGAAGAUUGGAGAAGAUCUGGACACAACUCUACAGUGAUGGUGCAUGACACACCAACUCACCACACUGUGGACCACUAUGUCUCCUCGGCAGCACAGUUGGCUCAGUCAGACCAACAGUGCUCAACGUGGGGACACGACAUGGCUGCGGCAUACCGACAGCUGCCCGUUCAUGACCCACAGGAAUGCUACACAUUCUUGCAGGUGACUGACGGCGUGUGCCUUUUUCGGCACAACGCUUUGAGCUUCGGCGCGGUUGCCUCAGUGUGGGCUUUUAACAGAGUGGCAGAUACAUUGACAACCCUGGCUAGGAAACUCCUCUGGUGUCCUGCGCUUCACUUUGUCGAUGAUUUUGGAGCAACCGAACCAGAAGCUUUGGCACAGUCAGGUUUCGACACAUUUGCUCAGAUGUUCAGUGCUUUAGGCCUUCGCACCAAACCCAAGAAGGCCCAGCCGCCGGCUCAAACUCAGCGAAUGUUGGGGGUUUUCAUAUCCACAACCAGCACUGAAGCAGUUUUGUCUCCUUGCCCUACACGAGUUGUGCGUGUGGUGAAUAGCAUCUCAAACCACCUGCAGACCAAUCAGAUGACUCCUGACGAGGCUCAGGCGUUGGCGGGCCGUGAUGAUGAUGUGCCGUGGAAAUGGAAUGCCUCCAAAUCAGCAAAACUCACCAAUGGUUGGGGCGUUGUGCUCAAAAUUCAGGGGCAAGUUUACUAUUGCUCCGGAACUGUGCCAGAGGCAUUACUGCGAUUGUUUGCCAAGCGCAGAGCCUUCAUUUUCGUGUUGGAAAUCAUAGCACAGGUGAUUGGCUUUGUGCUGCUCAGAAAGGUCAUGACGCCAUACGUUUGUAGCUACAUUGACAAUCUGCCAGGCAAGUCAGCCUUAGCUAAAGGGUUUGGACGAGACGAAGCAGUCAAUAACCUUUUGUCCUUCUUUUGGUGCUGGCUCGGACACUCCCAAACCUUUCCACACUUUGAAUGGGUUCCUUCGGCUCAGAACAUUGCAGAUCCUAUCAGCAGAUUUGAUUUUUCCGUGGUUGAACCUUCUUGGAUUCGAAUCGAUCCUGACCUCGCGCAUUUUUGGGCCAUUUUGGUGAAGGUUUCCACCAACAUCGAGUUUGCUACUUCGGAAGCGGUGAAUCAAUGUUUGGAGUUUGCGGAAAGCGUUUUCCUCGUGCAAGGUGGCAUUGUAGAGCCCGAGGAUGGUU